UGGGGAAAGGCGUGGAUAGUUGUGGAGAGGGAUGGAAAAGUUCGAAGAGCGAUGAAGAACAGACAGAUGCACAUAAAAGAGUGGCGGUCGAGAUUAUCCGUAAAAUAAAACAAUACCAUUUCCAAGCAGAUCAAAAGGCAAAUGUUACAUUUGAUAAGCAGAAGGAUACAAGUUCAAAGAGUUCUUUUUCUCAGGAGGAGCUUUUGAAAGACCGCACGAUAAUCUGUUCCGAAGAAACAACUCAGAUCAAAUGAAAUGAUCAGACUGCACGACGAAGAAGGAGAUUCGCGGGAGCCACGCUGCAGCCACCCCUGGCGCAGAAUAAGAGAAGGGAGUAUCCGCUGCUGCGGGAAAGAGAGACCAGGGCGCCGUGGGAGGGCUCGACAAGGACGAAUGUAUAAAUACGAAGGGUGCAGAAGAAGCGAUAGAUAGAAGGGGAAGAGAACGCAGAAGCGAGUACAACAAGGUAGCGUCGCGCGUGACGAGGAACGAAACUACGGGCAGACGCGCGCAGGUAGACACGCGGAAGGCGUUUCUUCGGCGACACGACGAGCUCGGCGGUACCGUCGAUGCGAUAAAGUCGACCAGGAAAUAGGUAUCGGCCGGCACGGUGAGGCAGACGAGGAGGGAGAUACCGGUGGUGGUGGAAGCAGCCCGCCAGCAGGAAUAAACAAGGACAGAGAGGGACGACGUUACCGUGGGCACCGUGAGGUCGACAAGAACGGAAGUACCGGCGAUGCAGCGAAGCGAACAAGGACGAAGCUAGAGCGAGGAGGUGGUUAGGUGGAGGGGAGUUAGGGGACGAGGUGCGUCUGGCUAGCUCGCGAGACACCACUCCCCACUCGGUCUGGUCGUUCUCUCCUCUAGCUUCCUCUCUUUCUCUCUCUCUCUCCUCUUUCAGUGUUCGUUCGAACGCGGCCCGGUCCGCUUCGUCAUGGGAGCUCACUGCCGCGGUGGUGUCGGCAGAUCACCUCGGUAGCCGGUUCCGAUGUAGCUUCCUCAGGGUGGACCGCGCGUCGUGCUUUUCGCUUGUCUCCCGGUAAGGGUGGGUGUGGAAGGAUUAUCGGGGCGGGUGCGGGAAAACUCUCUGCGAGAGGUCGUCCGAUGAUGAGUAGACGAAGAGCGGCAGGUGAUCGGUAAGCGGAGACUGAGGUGUAUAUAGAGGUUGUCACUCGUGGACGAGCUCCGUAAGCUUUCGACGAGCAUGUUACGCGCGCGAAAGGUCGCCGGCGUUUUCGUGGUUAGAUCACGGUGCUAACGCGACGAGGGAGUUGCAAAGGAGGAUAAAUAGUGGAUUGUGAAGUUUUACUUGUUCGUUCGCGAUUCAAAAUAAGAAGAUCACGUAGCCCUGAAUGAAGAACGAGACUUCCGACGGAGGUGGUGCUGCUUCAUUCCUCAAGGGACGAGGUUGCUAGGAAUUCCAGUGGUGAUUCUCCGGACACCUCGAGAUGUCUGGCAACUACUCGGUACGCUGCGAGCCCGGCCUGGUGAUGCCGAUGUGGCAUCCGGGGGAUAACCUGCACCUGAUCGACAUCAUCUUCCGAGGCCUGGUGUAUUUCUUCCUGCUGCUGUAUCUGUUCAUCGGCGUGUCGAUCAUCAGCGACCGGUUUAUGGCGGCCAUCGAGGUCAUCACGUCCAAGGAGAAGGAGCUGGUGGUGCGCCGCCAAGGCAGGGAGCCGCAGAUCGUCGUGGUGCGGGUGUGGAACGAGACGGUGGCCAAUCUGACCCUGAUGGCGCUCGGCAGCAGCGCGCCCGAGAUCCUGUUGUCCAUCAUCGAGAUCUGGGCGAAGAACUUCCAGGCCGGCGAACUCGGCCCGGGCACGAUCGUCGGCUCGGCCGCCUACAACCUCUUCGUAAUCAUCUCCCUGUGCGUCUUCGUGAUCCCUAACGGCGAGACCCGGAAGAUAAAGCACCUGCGCGUCUUCUUCGUUACCGCGACCUGGAGCAUCUUCGCCUACGUGUGGCUCUACGUUAUUUUGGCGGUCUCUAGCCCGGGCGUGCUGGAGGUCUGGGAAGGUAUAUUGACCUUCUCCUUCUUCCCGGCCACUGUCCUCUCGGCUUACAUCGCCGAUCGAAGACUGCUGAUCUACAAGUAUCUGCACAAGGGCUACCGGAUGAACAAGCGAGGUGUGAUCGUGCAGGCCGAGUCCGGCGACUCCGAGGUGGGGGUGGAGUUGGAGAUAAAGCCUCAGCAAGAUGGUCUCCACGGCAUGGUGGACCGCCUGGCCGACGGCGACUCUCCCGAGGCGAGGGAGUUCGAGCAAACCCGCAGGGAUUACAUCAAUACCUUGAAGGAAUUGCGCAAAAAGUAUCCCACCCUGCCCCUCGAGCAGUUGGAGGUAAUGGCUCAUGAGGAGGUGUUGGGCAAGGGGCCGAAGAGCAGAGCUUUCUACAGGGUGCAGGCCACGAGGAAGAUGGUGGGCGCGGGCAACCUCAGUAGAAAGAUCAGCGAAAGGGCGCAGAGCGACCUCAGCGAGGUCAAGGCCGAGUUGCAGAAGCAGGAGGCCGAGAGCAUCGACAUCGAGCACGUCAACGCCAUGAGGGUGUUCUUCGAGCCUGGCCAUUACACCGUGAUGGAGAACGUCGGGACCUUCGAAGUGGGAGUCACCAGGGCCGGGGGUGACCUCACCAGACCCUGCAGUGUGGAUUAUUACACGGAGGACGGUUCCGCCGAGGCGGGAUCUGAUUACGUUAGUGCCAAGGGCACCCUGACCUUCGAACCUGGCGAGACCAAGAAGACUAUCAAGCUCUCCGUUAUCGACGAUGAAUUGUUCGAGGAGGACGAGCACUUCUACGUCAGGCUCAGUAACGUGUCGCAACCGGCGAUGCUGGUCUCACCGAGCCUAGCGACGGUGAUGAUCCUGGACGACGACCACAGCGGCAUCUUCGGCUUCCCGGAGAGGGACGUGGAGUUGGUGGAGAGCGUGGGCCAGCAUCCCCUACGGGUGGUGCGUUACAGCGGGGCCCGCGGCCGCGUCAUCAUCCCUUAUCGCACCGUGGAAGGCACCGCGAAACCCGGCAAGCAAUACAUGCACACCGAUGGCAGUCUGACUUUCGAGGACAAUCAGACAGAGAAAAUCAUCAGUCUGGAGAUUAUCGAGGAAGAUUCCUACGAGAAAGACGCGCUCUUUUACGUCGAAUUGGGCGAGCCGUUGCUGCAAGGAGCGGAGGCAGGAAUUGCGGCGGCGGCCGAGAUGAAGCAGCCGGAAGAAAGAACGGAGGAGGAGAAAAUGGCGUUGUUGGGCAGACCGCGGCUGGGCGAGGUGUCGCGCGCUCAGAUCAGGAUCAAGGAGUCGAAGGAGUUCAAGAACACCGUGGACAAGCUCGUGCAACGGGCGAACGCCUCUAUUAUACUCGGCACAAGCUCCUGGAAGGAACAAUUUACGGAGGCAUUGACCGUUAGUGGGGGCGACGAGGACGACGCCGAGGGUGGAAGCGGUCAACCGUCUUCACCAUCGGCGAUGGAUUAUCUCAUGCACUCACUCACCAUUUUCUGGAAGGUUCUCUUCGCCUUCGUCCCACCUACCGAUAUCGCGGGCGGUUAUCUGUGCUUUAUCGUCAGCAUCUUGGGAAUCGGCGUCGUCACAGCGGUGAUCGGGGACGUCGCCUCAUACUUCGGCUGCACCCUCGGUAUCAAGGAUUCCGUCACCGCGGUGGUUUUCGUCGCUCUUGGUACUAGCAUCCCCGACACGUUUGCCAGCAAAGUAGCCGCCUGUCAAGACAAGUACGCCGACGCGUGUGUGGGCAAUGUCACCGGGAGUAACGCGGUGAACGUCUUCCUCGGGAUCGGCGUUGCGUGGAGUAUCGCCGCUAUUUACCAUGCCUGCCAUAAUGAGACGUUCUUCGUCGAACCCGGCAACUUGGCCUUCUCCGUCACCCUGUUCUGCACCGAAGCCUGCCUGGUGAUCCUGGUGCUGCUGGUGAGGCGGACGAAGUCGAUCGGCGGCGAGUUGGGCGGGCCUUUUAUACCGAAGGUCAUCACAUCCGUGUUCCUGUUCUCCCUCUGGCUCUUCUACCUCAUCAUGUCCACCCUCGAGGCCUACGGCGUGAUCCAGGGCUUCUAAAUCAGGGCCCGUGCGACGCCACUACGUCGGCCUAUACGUGUAUCUUAGCUCUGGCGUCCGCCAAGGCGUGUGCUCAACGAAACUUCUACCUGGACACAAAGAAGCGAAAUCGGGAAAAUGGCGCGAUUUCGCGAAAGAACGAACUCUGACUGUGCCGGGAACUCACAUAAGUUCACCCCCGACCUGAGACAAUUAACAACGAACGUGAUCGCGUGACGUAUUCGAUGCGUGGAUAUAUGUGUAUGCGUGUGUGUGUGUGUGUGUAUGCGUGUAUAGGUACCUGAGAGCGCGCGAGUGUGCUUGCGAGUGCGUCCCCAACGAAGAGAAGAAAGAAAAUCAAUCGGGAAAAAGAGUAUAACGAAAAAGGAAAGAAAGAAGAAGGGUGGAGAGAGAGGCGUGCGUGAGGAAACAGUGAGUUUGCCUUAAAAUAAUUUAAUUCAAAAGAAGGAAAGAAAGAAAGAUGAAGAAAAAAAAGGAAAAUAUGUUACAAACGCGUUCUAGUCGAGUCACACUCUCCCGCGAUAAGAGAUCGGAUGGCUGUUAUCGAAGACAAGAGGAAAAGAGAGGAGAAGCAAAUGAAGAUAAAAGAAUAUAUAUAGUAUACGCGUAUACUGCUACCUAUUCGCGGCGCGUGUACAUAGUGUAUUUAUUUAAUCCUUUAAGGAGUACACACAGGUUUCUAUGGUAUUUUAGUAGCGGACUGCAUUGCAAUUCCUUUUUCGCCAGAGAUCGACGUCGCUAAUUUUAUAUGGACGUAUAUAUUGUUGUACGACAUAUACAUAUAUAUAUAUACAUAUAUAUAUAUAUAUAUAUAUAUAUUCCUUUGUCGAAAGGGGAGCAGGUGAGAUGGGGGUGUGUGUCUCCGACGUCAGAUCGGUUUUCGCGAGGACCUCGCGGGCGGGAAGGGAGAAAAGAGUGCGAACGCACCUGAGCCAGCGGCGAUUGCCGGCGUGGUCGCGCGAUACGGAAUCGACUUGGAGGGGCCGGGGGUUUUCGGUCCUCGCAUUUUGCAGGAUCAAUUUUGAUUUGGUGCCGCGCGCGGGAGCGGUCAUAUCGUUUUUGUUUCGCCGAUGUGUGUGUGAGACAGUCCGAGACGGCGAGCGGGAAAAUCGUGACGUCGGCCGGCUCGAUAUCGCGCGGCCACUCUCUCGGUUUCUAGUGGAAUUUCGAAACAUAGUGCAUUUUUUAUCGUUGCAAUAACGCGUGAGGGGAGCAGACACGCGUUAUGGAUCACAGUCGUCGUUAACGCGCGAUUUGGACAGGGCUGCCGGGUUCCUUACGAUCUCGGAAAGAGAGAUCCUCUGGAAACAGGCGCGACGUCAUAUAUAUUGCCUAUGAGCGCGAAUAAGUGGUUACAUCAAUAACUGAGUAAAUUUGCUAGAGAUACAAAUUGACGAGUUGAAGCGAGUUCACCGAUUGAUCACAAAUUAAUCGCGCGAUUCAUCUCACGUGCAUUUAUCGUCUAGUGCACUUUAUAUGCAUUUUAACCAACUUAUAAGAGAGCAAAGUAGUGGGCAGAGUAAACAACAAGAAAAAAAAAAGAAAAAAAAAACGAACAAGAAGAAGAAAGAGAAGAAGGAAACAAUAUCGUGUAUAAGAAGUGGUGGAAUUGAAUUUCUAUCGAAAACCGUUUUGGAGAGUCUUUUCUUCACCGGCGUGAACGCGCUACGUAGCGAGAGCUAACGAAUAAUUUAGACUUCAAGCCGGGGACUACAAAAACACAGACGGAUUAGCGGUAGGAUCUAGAACUUCAGGCAACUCUGUCGACAAUCUGCGGAUUUCUCUCGGCCGCUUGCGAAAAAAAAAGCAUCUCUUAUAUUUUUUCUCAUUGUCGAUUUUCCAUCUACCCGUCGCGGGACGUCGCGAAGCAGACAGUCCUCGUCAAUAUCUCGGCAUUACCGAAUUGUCUGAUCGCGAGCCUCGCGUCUACACGCCGGAAUCUUGAGAAUAACUCAUAGGUAAACGAGCGAUUCACCGAGAAUUCAGUGUAAACGAACAACAAUUACUUCGAUUCACGGGCCGCUCGUCUCGUCGUGAGUUGUUGAUCGAACGCUUCAUCAGUUCCUCUCCUGUCGCGAAUCACUGACUCCGGAAAAUUACGGACGGGCUACGCAUAAUUAUAGAGGCGCCGCUCAGUGAGCCGCGAAAUAGCAAUUAGAGGGACGGUGUCGUGUAUUAUUUUUCGUCGCCGGCCGACAACACGAGCGCGACGCAGUACGUACGAUCGUAAAGUUCUCCAAAUUCGCGAAACGAAUUUUGCCGGCAAAAGUUUUACGGUUUUCACGAACUCGGACGGCACAUCCCGACAUCCACGAGAGAUAUCGCGCGGUAAAGAGUGUAAAAUGUGCUUUAACGAAAAUCCGAGAGACGUUUGCAGUACAUUCUAAAUUUUGCACAGAGAUCCUCGGGAGGUAUUCCGGAUGUCGUUCGGGCUGUUGUUUGUUCUGAUCCUUUCUCGUGAAUGUCGAGUGCGCGCGUGCGAAAGAGAGAUUCGGAGAUUGUCGUCGAUCGGGACAACAAUACAAAUCGUUAGCGGACUGGUAGCCAUCUUGCCAGCGUGAGGACAUGUUAUAUUGAAUACCAGCAGAAACAUAUUUACCGUUGUUAAGCAGUUAGUUAGGUAGCGCGACGAACGUUAAAAAUUUAGAUGCGCCCCCGUUGCGAGUCGCGGCCUUCGUUCGAAUGUAAAUCGCACCCGCCUUCGGAAUUUGCACGACACGAGAACUGUCGUGUUUCUCCUUUCCAAUCGGUACACAUUGUUGUGACGUCGGAAUAUUUGAACUUUCACCCGAGAGUGGUCCGGCGGCUCUCUUGAUCUCACGUCGUGAAAUCCGCUCCUCCUCGAUGAACUUUCAAGUUUCUUGGCACGAUAAUAACCGUUAUGUAUAUAUAUAUAUAUAUACAUAUAUAUGUAUGUAUGUGUAUAAAGUCGGAAAAAUACGACUUCUUGCGGUACGUCACUUUCGAGGAGGGAGUGUUCUCCUCUUGGUCUUCACUGCCUUUGAUCGAGGGCACGGCAGUUUGCGCGGGGCAAGUUGUGCGAAUCGGGCGGACUAUGUUAUCCUGAGAGACCCGUUUUAGAUGGAAAAAUGAUUUUCGACGCGAUAUCGCUUUGAAGUAAAGAAAAGAAAAAAACCAAAAAAAAAAGAUACGACGGAAAAGACGAAGGAAGGAAAUCGCGAGAUCCGCAUUCUAAAUUCUCGGAGUCCAAGUCGGUGACUUUUCGGCGUUUCGCGUUAGACUAACCUUCGUCUCGCCCGGAGUCUCGAUACAAUUUAGAGAGAUUUCGGCACCGUCGUCCAUGACGGUCGCGCACUUUUUAACAACAUGUUCCGAACGAUGUGAAAACGGGGCGAGAAGGAGCACUUCGUACUAAAAUACAAACACAGACAUCCACACACAUACGAACAAACAUUCACACAUGACUCGGACUCGUUAUUAUCGCUAACGUUUUGUAACACUACUAGCCGGCUUUUUAUAUAAGAAAAACAUUAGAGAAAGAAGACAUUGUUUUCGCCUCCCUUUAAUGUUAGAAUUCGCGGAUUUGUCCAGCGCGUGAUUUUAGGACAAUGUUACAAGGUGCUCUUAACUAACGAAGGAUGUCGUCGCUUUGCGUCUUGAAAAAUGUCAUUGCGUCUAAAAACGAACCUUACAGGCUGCCGGCGGAGGCGCGCCCACACGUGCGCGGUGCUCGCGCGCGUUUCGCCCGUGCGCGAGCAUCAACCUAAUUUAGGAACGACAAGUAUGACAAAGUAAUUAACGGCUGCUGCUCAGUAUUACGAACGGUGCCGUCGUCGUCGACGGGCCGAUCGCACUGAUGAUGAUUAUUAACCGGCCAAUUCUGGCGUCUCGCGACCCGAGUCCGCAUUCUCUGUAAGUAAUAAGCGUAAAUCUAGGGAAGGAACGGCGAUUCAUCCGACUGGGAUUACUUAUUAAUGAUUGUCGCCGCCGCUCGGCUCGGUUUUUGUCGCUUGCGCGACAGGAGGGAUCCUCUCUUUCUCCCUUACUUUCUUUUUUCCCCUCUUUCUCUUUUCUGCAGUCGUGUCGGAUCGCGACGGUAGCUUGUACGUCGAUUUUCUUACGAUUUUAGAUGUCGUGAUGCCGCGAUGCAACUGCAGUAACAAAUCAGGAACUCUCGCGAGAUAUGACGUCCGACCGGACCGUCAUCGAUCCGAAGGAGGGAAACCGGCGUUAUUCUUCGGGAAGAAGGAUGUUGAUUCUCGGCGGAAGAACCGGUUUAUAUUCAUGUACUUUGUUUUUCGCGUCACGAAAUCUUCUUCUUUGACCCGCAAGAAUUGCUUCCAUUCGAUCCGAUAUGUUAAUACGGCUGCCUGACGUAUAUGUAUCUCUCUCUCUCUCUCUCUCUCUCUCUCUCUCUCUCUCUCUCAAUUAUGUUAAUAUUAAUUAAUUAAUUAAAUUAGACUCUUGUGGUAUUAAGCUCAAAAUCUCUCAAGAAGAACACACUUGCAAAAUACUCAUCGGAAUAAUAUGUUUCAGUUAAUUUAUAUUACUUUAAUUAUAUUUUCGCUCAAUAUUUCGUUGCGAUAAUACGUUAAAUUAAUAAUUUAUUUUCUAGUACAAUACAAAUACUGAUUUAUACGUACUUAUUGUGGAGAAUAAAAAAGGAUUUCUUGUAAUAAGCGUAACAAGUUUUAUCAAUGCACGGGCAUACCGAGUUUUACUAACCGAAUCAAUGGAAACGUACAUUGAGCGCUUAUCGUUUAAACAACGAAUUGCGUAAUUCAAGCAUCGCAUUCUCAAAAAUACUCAAAGCAGGACAUUAUUUGUGUCAUUUAUGUGGUUUUAUAUUUUGCCGAUUCACAUUUGUUUAAAUAUCUAGUGCCUCUUCUGCUUACUCUUAUUACAAGAAUGAUGCAGGACAAAAAUUCGAAAGUCGAUCUGGCCGAAGUAAAUAAUUGACCUACGAUGUCGUAAUUAAUCGUUUUGGGAAAUAUACUCGUUGAUCUUAACCCUCGACUAUUGUGGCGACGUCAGAUAUAAAGCCCGAUUCACGGAUCAUUAGUUUGUUACGUCAUAAUUUAUGUGUGACCAUUGCCUCUCACUCGUCAUGUAGGUAAGUACCUUACAACGAAAAGUAACGAGUUACUUUCCGACCCAUUAACAUAAAAGACACUUAGCGGUUCGUUUCUUUUUCUCUUUUUUUGUAGCAACAGGGUUCAGAUCUGACGCCGUGGCGAUAGCGACGAUAAACAAUUCGACCGUAAUCUAGUCGCUCUCGAUUGUGCUUUUCGAAGGAUUCCGCCCGCUGAGUCGACAUCGUGUUUGAGGAUUUUAUUUUAAUAAACCUUUUGGAAUUAUCAAUCA